UCUUCUAGCAUCGCAUCAGCCCAGCUCGCAACUUGCCGUCUCCACUGCCCACUACAUUUGACAGACUCCUGAAAUCGCCGCAACACUUCAAUCGCCACAAUGAACAACGUCCGAUCUUUCUGGCUUGGAUGGGGCUCCCUCUUUCUCGCCGGAGGCGGUGCCUACUACUUCGCUAAGCAGAACGUCAAGGAGCAGCGCGUAGCCAAACUCAAAGCACAACGUGAGAAGCAGGCAGCCAACAGGGCCUUGGAAUACGGCGAGCCGGUAUCUCCAGGCAGCGGCGUGAACAACGGUGGCCCGGCAAGAACCGAUAAUACCGGCUCGCCGAGUCAGGAAGCAAGUAGCGAUCCGGCAGCAACAAGGCAUGCGCCGGCAACAGAGUCCGAUCAAGUAACCGAGAAGAGCAAAUACGAGAGUGCUGUACCGCUUCGUACCCGUAAAGGGGACCGUUUCAGUUAGAAAAGGUAGAGAAGGGGAAAUCAUGGGAGACGAGAGAGAGAGAGUUGGGCAGCUGGUCUUGGGAGUGUUUUGAGGAGACAUUGAGCUCGCCGCUGUAUUCUAUCAUGGUGUAAAAUAGUACCCUUCGCCGGGCUGUAUGUCUAUAGGUUUCGCGCCACACACCGGGAACCCGGACAAGUCUGUGUUUGAAACUCGAUUUAAUAGAAUGAAAUACCUUUACCGCUC